AUGAUAGAAAUUAAAAAUCUAAAACUAGACGUCGCGGUAAUCACAGAGACAAAGAAAAAAGUUCAAGAAUCGGAAAGCAUGGGCCAAUAUGACCAUUUCUACAGUGGAGUAUCUAAAGACCGAAGAGCACAACAAGGAGUAUCUGUACUUAUAAAAAGAAACCUUAGAAAACAUGUGCAGUCAUGGGAAGCUAUCAGUGAACGAAUCAUUAAGAUAAAUAUGACUGUACGUGAAAAUAGAAUAACUAUCUUUGGGGUAUAUGGUAUAAAUGACGACUCUUUAGUAAAUGUUAAAGACAAGUUUUUCGAAGAUCUGAAUAACGAAAUAAAAAAAUUGGAAAAAAACUAG